AUGGUUGUUGCUUUUGAUCCACUGAUACUGAUUCCUGGCUUGAUUGAUGUCCAGGCAAUUAUUGUAUUUGUAAUCAGCAUACAUGCCUACACUUAUGAAAAAAGUGAAAUGGAGGAGAUCUCAUUGGUUGCUCUCUCUGGAUGUAUUUGGUUGCAGGCUUUUGUUUUGAUAUUAGAAAGAAACUCUUUUACAAUACUACAACAUCUUGCUAUAUGGGGAAAUUUGAUUGGCUUUUAUAUCAUCAACUGGAUCUCCAGCGCCAUCCCAUCAUCAGGGAUGUAUACAAUUAUGUUUCGCUUGUGUAGACAACCGUCUUAUUGGAUAACUUUGUUUCUCAUAGUUGCAGCAGGGAUGGGUCCGAUUCUGGAUAUAAAGUUCUUCCGGUACACGUACAGACCAAGUAAAAUCAAUAUGCUUCAGCAGGCUGAACAUUUGGGUGGACCUAUUCUGUCACUAGGCAACAUUGAGCCCCAAGCAAGAUCAAUAGAGAAAGAUGUUACUCCUUUGUCCAUAACUCAACCCAAGAACAGAAAUCCAGUUUAUGAACCCCUAUUAUCAGAUUCACCGAAUGCUACUCGAAGAUCUUUCAGAGCCAUUCCACCUUUUGAUUUUUUUCAGUCACAGUCUCGAUUGUCCUCUUCCAACUACUCAAGAAAUUGCAAGGACAACUGAGCUACAAAAUAACAGAUAUUAGGUGCAAAAAUUGAACCUUACCACCACUUUGCUUCU